UCCGCUUCCGGAUAAAGCACAUACAUCGAGAUGGGCCCAACAUAGUCUGUCGUGCCACAACGUAGGUCGGUGGUGGUAUGGUCACCACGCAAUCGGCGUCCGUUGCGUCAACGAAUCUGGUUCCAGAAAGGGCGCCAAAGUCAAAAUGCUCAAAAGAGUGUGGAGAGUCGAAUCAAAGCAUUCGAAGAUUGCAGGAGAAAAAAGCCAGACCGUUUGGUUAGUAGAAGCAAAUAGAUAGAGGGAUGAAAUUCAAAGCAAUUCUCACCGACCAUGGCGUCAACCUCCUUGAGAAGAGAUUUGUGCCAUCCUUAGACAAGAUUGGGAGGGUGUGCCAUCUGUAUCUGACCAGGGACCAUGCUAUAUUCCUACACAACCUCCUGAACGGGGACGGCAUUCAAUCCAUAGCUCAGUUCCGCAAGGAGACCCUCUUCGAAGACUACCGUAUCUCCAGCCAGAAUGAUGACCGCAUAGCCUUCGCCAUUGACCUCGGCCUCCUUCACCGCGCCCUCCGCAGCAGCCUCACCAUUGAGGGUGGUGACCGCCUCCAGAUCAAGCUCGUCAAGAAGCUACCCCCUGGCUCCCUCCAGCCCAUGCCUUUCCUCACUUUCGAGACCAAGGGUUAUAAAUCAGCAGUUAUCCAAGAUGUGCCUAUUUCAAAGCCACUGUCUCGGUCUGAUGUUAUUGAACUCCAGUCUGCCCUUGACAUGGCCCAGGAUAUGCCCCAGACUCUGGUUCAGGUUCCCGAUCUACUUCAGUUGCAAAAUCUGGUAGACCGCCUCAAGCAUGUUGGUGACUUACUUAACAUCUCCAUCAGCCAAUAUGGGGAUCUCCACUUACAAGUUUCUACUACUCUAAUAACCGUUGGUUCCGAAUUUCGCAAAUUGAGAGUUCUUGGAGUUCAAGCUGAUGUUCCAGCUGGGGAUCAAAACUUGAGUGCUCGAGCUCGCACUGAAAUGGCACUACAGAGGGGAGAAGCUUUAUCUGUGCAAGUAAGCAUGAAGCACUUUGCCAAAAGCCUGCAAUGUCAUUUGGCCAAGCCAGAUUGUGCUUUCUAUGGUAUAGCUCCACAAGGUGCUUGCCUGACUGUGAUAUUCCAGUUCUUCAUCCCAGGCACACGGCAAACAGAUAAGUCCAUCAGUUUACACUGCAGGCUCCCUGUACUUGACACAGGCUCAGGUUGAGGGCAGAUGGGAUUGCCGACAAUCUUUUUUUUUCUUUCUUUUUUUUUUUUUUGUACAUAAAAAGAUCUCUUCUUUGAUGAGUCUGAUCCGUUUUUUAACUGCAAUUGUUUGCAAGUUGAUACAGUUAGUGGACCCGUGCAAGUUCAUGCUUGCUUUACUUGGAAGGUCUGUGUUACUAACACCCCUGUUACCUAGUUUCUCAUAUGCUGCUGCAAUAGCACGUGCUGGUAGCUGUCUUUCCUGUUUAAUUUGGUUGUAUAGAGCUACAAGGAUUGCUAAGUUGUAUAGUGCACAACAUUACUACUGAUUUGAAUCCAUCAUGUGCAGUUGGUGGGUUCCAAUCCCACAAACCUGUUAUGAUGCAUGCUGUUGAAGAGAAUCGGAAAGGCUGCAUUUUGAUGCAGAAGGGGAUUGAAUUGCAAACAACUAGCUUAAUAGAAGGAAAUGGCAAAUAGAAAUGUUGUUUUCUGAUGUUGCCUGAAAGUGACAUAAUUAUGAUUUGGAAUGGAGAUCCUAAAUAUGAA